UUUGAAACAAAAUCCAUUGUUUGUCGAAAGCAAAUCAGAAUCCACUUGGUCUCGAAUUUCUUAAAACUGUGGUUCCCCUGCCACAGUGGCAGGUAAGAACUGUGAAUCAACAAAAAGAGUAAAAAGCAACACAUGCCAACUGAGAGAGAGAGAUGGAGGAGAGAGGCAUACACAAACCAAGAAUGAUGAAGAAGUUGCAUAAAGAAGAAAGCUAAAAUUAGGAAAAAAAAACAUACUUUACUCAUCUUUUUUCAAACACAACAACUCACAUCAUUAGUGUGGUAGAUAGUAGUACUAUUCACCAAAAUGAAAAUAAAAUCAUAGUAUCCCACACACCAACCCCAUGCUUUGAAUAUAUAGUGCAUGCUCUUAAAAUGUGAACACCUCUUCUAAACAAAAACCACAAAACACUAUUCUUGGAUCCACAAAUUCAAAUCUCCCAUCUCUCUCAUAAAUCCCAAUGCUCAAAAUCUUGAUCAAACACACUAUUUAAGACACACACAGAGAGAGAAAGAGAACAUUUUUUUUUCCUGUGAAAGCCUGCAAUUUCAGUUUCUGCAGAAGUAAAAUCAUGGGUGCAAAGUGCUCCAAGUUCUCAUUUUGCUGGUGGCAUUCUCAUCUCAAACCAUCUGUUCUUCAAUCCACUGAUCCGGAGAAUGGGGAGAAAAAUACUUUCCCGAGCUUCAGAGAGUUCAGCUGGGAGGAACUGAAAACUGCAACAAAAGGAUUUUCUUCAGACAACAUAGUCUCUGAGCAUGGUGAGAAGGCUCCUAACGUUGUUUACAAAGGUUUUCUUGAUACCGAAGGCUGGAUUGCUGUUAAGCGCUUCAACAAGUCUGCUUGGCCUGAUCCUCGCCAAUUUAUAGAUGAAGCUAAGGCGGUGGGGAACUUGAGAAGCGAACGAUUGUCUAAUCUGAUUGGAUUUUGCUUUGAAGGAGAGGAGAGAUUGUUGGUGGCAGAGUUUAUGCCUAAUGAGACUUUGGCCAAGCAUUUAUUUCACUGGGAGAAUCAACCCAUGAAAUGGGCAAUGAGGUUGAGGGUGGCCUUGUAUUUGGCACAAGCUCUGGACUACUGCAGCAGUCGAGGCCGGGCUUUGUAUCAUGAUCUUAAUGCUUACAGAGUCUUGUUUGAUCAGGAUGGCAAUCCCAGGCUCUCUUGUUUCGGGUUGAUGAAGAAUAGUCGAGACGGAAAAAGUUACAGCACAAACUUAGCCUUCACUCCUCCAGAGUAUUUGAGAACUGGAAGAGUGACUCCAGAAAGUGUGGUUUACAGCUUUGGAACUAUGUUGCUUGAUCUCCUAAGUGGCAAACAUAUCCCUCCAAGCCAUGCACUUGAUCUCAUCCGCGGAAAGAACUUUCUGAUGCUGAUGGACUCCUGUCUGGAGGGACAUUUCUCCAAUGACGAGGGAACUGAGCUGGUCCGGCUAGCCACCCGUUGCUUGCAGUACGAAGCUCGGGAGAGGCCAAACGCAAAGACCCUAGUCACGUCCCUCAUGUCACUCGAGAAAGAAACUGAGGUCCCUUCCUACGUUUUACUAGGCAUCCCACAAGGAAAAACCGGCUGCACGGUGCCACUUCUGCUGACUCCAAUGGGGGAAGCAUGCCUGAGAAUGGAUCUCACUGCCAUACACGAAAUCCUUGACAAGGCAGGAUACAAAGAUGACGAGGGAAUUGCCAAUGAGCUAUCUUUUCAGUUGUGGACCAGCCAAAUGCAGGAGACCUUGAACUCCAAGAAGCAAGGAGACGCCGCAUUUCGCGCCAAGGACUUCGCCACUGCCAUUGACUGCUACUCACAGUUCAUCGAAGGUGGGACGAUGGUUUCUCCGACGGUGUAUGGGAGGCGGUGCGUGUGCUAUCUGAUGAGCGACAUGCCUAAUCAAGCACUCGGAGAUGCGAUGCAAGCACUGGCGAUAUCGCCACAGUGGCUGACUGCUUUUCAUCUUCAAGCAGCUGCGCUCUUCACACUUGGGAUGGAGAAUGAUGCCCAAGAAUCGCUGCAAGAAGCCUCAAAUUUGGAAGCAAAACGAAACAAAAUUUGAAAAACUGUAUAGACUUAACUCCCCUUUCUUCAUGUAUUUAGGCUUUUCAACAAUCCAACUUUGUCUAAAGCAGAGGAUUUAUCUCACGCUUGUUGCUGUUCUUUUUCUUUUCUUGGAAUUUGUGGAUUUUGAGCA